GAUGAUGUGAGGAGUGACGACACGGCGCAUCAAAGGCACGAGGCUGAUAGAGCCGAUCCGAAGCAGCUACGGAAGGGACCGUUAGAGACGCACCGAGCUCCGUGGACGCGCCAGUGCACCGAAUCCUGCGGAAAAAAUGAUGCUCCAGUUCGGCGGCAGGGUGCGCGGUGUUCUCGCGCUCGUCUCUCUGAUUCUGGUGGCGUUGGCGGCGGCAUCAUCUGAUCUGUUUGACAACCAACUGGGCGAUAUCAAUUACUGCAAAAAGCAAUGCCAGAUGUCCAUCAAAAACAAAAGCCCCGCCAAAGACUCCAUCAUGAAUGCCUGUCACCGUGGCUGUCGGCUCUACUCCAUCUGCCAGUUUGUGAAUGGAAAUACAGGCAUCAAUACCAGCAAGGAAGAGUGCCAGGGAGCAUGUCAGGAGGCCUACAGUAAAUUGCUGGAGCAGGAGGCGUGCAGCACGGGGUGUGCCAGCCAACCCGCUGAGCCGGAGAUCAAACGGAGGAAGCUCAAGGCCCUGACCAACCGGCCCAAGCCCAUCUCUGUUAUGGAUGCCGUGUCUAGCUGGUGCAAUGACAUCGUCAGUUCUGCCCAGAGCUUCAUUUCUUCCACCUGGACUUUCUACCUGCAGGCUGAUGAUGGAAAGGUUGUUGUGUUUCAGAGCCAGCCAGAGAUUGAGUACUCCUUGCCUGAGUUACAAGCCCCGCGCUCCAACGUGGUCGACAAACCCUGGCCCCAAGUCAACUCCCACACACAGCGACCACAUACUGGUGGGCGGUCACAUGGGGACAGGAAUGCGGCAAAACCUGGGGUGAAAGGAAAGCAUGUCAGCCAACAUGCUGAGGACCCAGCUGCUGAGCACGACUUCCUGGGCUGCAUGUCAAGGCGCUCAGGACUGCCGCGUUGGAUUUUAGCAGCUUGUCUCUUCCUGUCUAUCAUGGUGAUGCUGUGGCUGAGCUGUGCCAGUCUGGUCACGGCACCCGAGCAGCACGUCAAGACUCAGCUUAGCAUCAAUGGAGAUAGAGAGUACAUUGAUGACACCCAGAAGGUCAACCCCUAUCACUUGACGCCAGUGAUCGCAAUGACAAUCGGCCAAUCGGAGGAGAGCAAGGAGGCGGGGCCACUUCCGGUCAAGGUUGACCUCAGCAAAACAUCUCUGUAAAAGCACUGAAGAGGUCGAUACUUUUGACGACUAGGGUUCAACUCAUCUCCAGAGCUAUUUCUCGCAAUUUAAGGGGAAGUUACAUUGUUUUUCUAUAUAAAAAACAAACAAAAAAACAUGCAUGAUGACAUUUAUUAUAUCGGUUACGACGUAUGUCCUGUCUGAAUACUAGUCUCCUCACUGGAUUUCCAAAACCUCAUGGAAUUGUAGUGUAGGUGCUUGUUCACAUAAUGAACAAACUCAUUUAUGACUAUAAUGUAUACAUACACUAGUAACGUUUGAACACAUGAACAACUUCGCAACAAGUUUCUUAUCGCUGUUGUGAUACGUUCUUACUGAAUUCUUAAAAAACGAACUGUAAAAACACAGGGGUUUCAGAUGGUAGGUUACCCGACAACCUCAAAAGAGUA